GAACUUCUCUUCAUCCAUGACCGGGUGCAUGGUGAUCGUCUAACCUAAAUAUGCAUACCCGUCGUACCCAAUAUAUUUGAUGCGAACUUGACACAAUUCACGAUAAUUAUCAAUAAUCAUUUAUUCUCGCGGUAAUUAUUUUUCUUUACACCCGCUCGUAAGUCACAUUAAUGGCAAUGCUGCAGUUCAGCUCGAUGUUGUACAACGCGACCACCAGGCUGACGCCUCGCUCGUCCUGGCGUUUCACCGCCCUCGUGGCCUGCAACUCCAGCACGGUGGCCACCGGCGAGCAACCCGCCGCGUCUGAGAAUGACAACAGUGCUAAGUUCUCAAGUACGCAAGCCGUCUCGCAGAAGGAAGAGGUGCAUAAGUCUAAGGAGAGUGUCCAGACGAUAAUUAAUACGACAAAAGAGAGUGACGACAGCAGUAUACGGUCGAGUAACGGCAAUACAGUAUUUUCUAAACAAUUUCAAGCCGCCACGUCUAUAAAUGACUUGCUGAACUUGGCAGUAUUGCCAAACCUGCCCAAAAGUGAUGCCCUGAAGGUGCUAUCGAGCAUAACUAAUCAGAUAAACAGUGGGAAAGCGCAGACACAAGACGUCGAGGCUGACGGAAGGUUUGUUCAUCUGAAGAAAUUAAUUCAGGGCAAUUUAAAAGAGACAUCGAGUAAUCUGUUAAAAUACUCCCAGUUAUCUACGCCUGCAAUGAUUGCAGUGAUAGCGUCGUUGAGGGAACAAGGAAAGAGAAAUACUCCGCUAUUAAAGAUGCUGUCCUACAAUAUUGUGAAGUACAACACGGCAUUGGAUGUAAAACAGUGCGCGACUUUGUUAUACAGCAUGGCUGUACUCAAUUUUCCAGACAAGAUCUUGUUGGAAAAAAUCACAUCUGACUUACUGGGAUGUAUAUCAGAAAACAACAACUGUGCUAUAAACAAAUCCAUAAUAACGUCACUCGGAUUUCUGCGUUACAAGAAUGUGAAUCUACUUGAUGCGUUCUGUAACACGUUCUUUAAGAACUCGAUGGAGUACAACUUUCUGGAUUAUUCAUCGAUACUACAAACGUUUGCGGCUCUACAAUUUAAAUCGCAGAAAGCAAACUCGUUUAUCAAGAAAUUUGUACAACAUGCAAGCCCACAUCAAACGUCUUUGCUUGAAUGGUUGGAUAUUGUUUGGUCCUUAGCAGCUUUAGAUGAAAUGCAACCAAAACAUGCAGAAUUCGUGCUGGAUCCUAAAUUUGUAAAACAAUUAAACAGCUCUAAACAGCUGAGUGUAUCGAAAAUGUUAAAAUUAUUAAAUAUCAAUGCCGUUGCACAGUUUAUACUGAAGGAUUAUGAAGGACCUUUUUUACCGGAAGAUGCAGAAUUUAACAAUGUAUCUAUAUUUAGAUCAAAGGAAAAGCAAAUGUACAUAAAUGCAUUGUUGGAAACAUUAACGGAAAUAUUACCAUCUUCGUCUUAUUUUGAAACAAAUAUUGAUACGAACAUGGGCUUUUUGUUAGAUGCAGAAUAUCGCAUAAAUGACGAAUAUAAAUUUGUAAAAGUGGAAGAUUGGAAUGAACAGUCGAAUAAUGUACAAAGGAUAGCAAUAAUGGUGCUCGAUUACCAUGAUUAUUGCAUAGGACAGAACGAUCUCGUAGGAUCGAUAUAUUUAUACACACAAUUGUUAAAAGCCAGAGGAUACGAGAUCAUAACAGUUUCUUAUGAAAACUUCAGUGUACAGGACAAUAUUAAAAAACGUAUUGAAUACCUGAAGCAGUGCAUGAAUAGUGUUCAAGAGAAGUCAGUAAAACAAAUGAAAUCAGUAUAGUGCAGUAUUGGCCUAGUCCAAUAAAAUCUAAAUAAAUAUUUAAAAAAUAUGUAUAUAGAUGCUUUUAUUGUUCCUUAUGUGUUUCAAAAUUGGAAAUUAAUUAAAUGUUAUACUUAUAGUUA